CUUUUUGUGCUGUUCAUUUGAAGCUGUUCUAUACACGGCUGUGGUUUAUCAGCAAUGUGACUGGAUCACGAGUUGUGUCACGUGAUCAUACGGCUGCACUUAUGCUGCAGCGCACAGGAACUUCAUUGCGAAUGGGUGUGAAGAUGUAUGCAGUGUUGUGUGUGUUACUGUUGGGGACAUUGGGAGUGUUGGGAGCUCCAGCUGAGGAUGAGAUUAAGUCUCUUCCUGGACUUUCCAAACAGCCGGGCUUCAAACAGUACUCGGGCUACCUCACCGUGGCUGGCAACAAACACCUCCACUACUGGUUUGUGGAAUCGCAGAAAGACCCGGAGAAAAGCCCGCUGGUGCUGUGGCUGAACGGAGGACCAGGAUGCAGCUCGCUGGAUGGCCUGCUCACUGAACACGGCCCUUUCCUGAUCCAAGAUGAUGGCACUACUUUACAGUACAACCCUUACUCUUGGAAUAUGAUUGCUAAUGUGCUAUACCUGGAGUCACCAGCUGGUGUCGGCUUUUCCUAUUCUGAUGACAAGAAAUACUCGACCAAUGACUCGGAUGUAUCUAUGAACAACUACUUGGCCCUCAAGGAAUUUUUCAGACUUUUCCCAGAGUACAGCAAGAACGAGUUGUUUCUCACAGGCGAGAGUUAUGGAGGCAUUUACAUCCCUACACUAGCUGAGAGAGUUAUGGAGGACAGUACUCUGAACCUACAGGGUAUAGCUGUUGGAAAUGGCUUGUCCAGCUAUGAACUGAAUGACAACUCUCUUGUCUAUUUUGCAAAUUACCAUGGACUGCUUGGAGAGAGUUUAUGGGCAACUCUGCAGAAAUAUUGCUGCAAAGAUGGACAGUGUAACUUCUAUAAUAAUACUGAUCCAACAUGCUCUGGUGCAGUAGCACAGUCACAGCAAAUUGUCUACAAUUCUGGACUUAACAUAUAUAACCUGUAUGCAGACUGUGCUGGUGGAGUACCUUACAGUACAAGCGUUGAAAAUGGACGACUUGUUGUUCAUGACCUGGGCAAUAACUUCAUUAACCUCAAGUGGUCUAACUCCUGGAACCAGAAACUACGAGGAGUGGGCUCUGUUUUCAAGUCAGUAAAGCUUGACCCCCCCUGCGUCAACUCUACCCCGUCUGCUAUGUACCUGAACAACCCUUAUGUCAAGUCGGCUCUCCACAUCUCUCCUAAUGCACUUGACUGGGAGAUCUGCAGUGCUGAAGUCAAUCUUAACUAUAACCGUCUCUAUAUGGAUGUGAAGAAGCAGUACCUGAAGAUACUUGGAGCACUGAAAUACCGUGUGCUGGUGUACAACGGGGACGUGGACAUGGCCUGUAAUUUCCUUGGUGACGAGUGGUUUGUCGAAUCCCUUCAGCAGGAGGUCCAAGUGCAGCGCAGGCCGUGGCUCUACUCCAAUGGUGAGACGCAGCAGAUUGGUGGAUUCGUCAAGGAGUUCUCCAAUCUGUCUUUCCUUACUGUCAAGGGUUCUGGUCACAUGGUCCCCACUGAUAAGCCCAUAGCGGCCUUCGCCAUGUUCAGCCGCUUCAUCACAAAGCAUCCGUACUAAUGAUCAUAUACGUUCUGCACAUUUGGGUUGGAAUUUGCACUGAAUCACUGUGACGUGCACUAAUUUGUUCUAGAGUAAUCAAAUUCUUGUGUAGGUGUGUAUUGGCUGAUUUGUGCUCAUGCUGUAUCCAUGAUGAUGAUGAUGUGGGGUUUGUUUUUUUUUUUUUGUUUUUUUUUUUCUUUCAUAACUGUGGCUGAAAAUAUUGUGAACAGCAGCCUGCAAUGCUGUCAUUUUGCUUCAAGUGACUGUAUAAUCCUUACAUGAGGGGUUUAAUUGUAGUAGCUGCUAAUUCUGGACUGAUGAGUCUGUGUUUUUUUUAAUGUUCAGCUUUUCACCUAACCCUCCGUAUCUUGCAGGGAGAUUUAAAGUAUUAAAAUUUUAAGAAGGGCAAAAGGGAUUAGUACAUAAUUUCACAAGAAGAAAUGCAAGACCAAAAUGAAAUGGGGAAAUAUGUGGACCUAGUUUUCUCCAGUUGCUCAGGGUUGCUUUAAAUUGCAUUGAAUUUCUAAAUGAAGGUAUUGAUGUGCCUUUACCAUCACAGGUGGUGUGUUUUGUUCGCCCCCCCCCCCCCCCAAUCAAAAUCUAUCAAAUCCUUCUUUGUCUGUCAAAAUAAACCUGAUAUUAUUUUAAUUAACUUGAUAAAUUGUACAUUGAGAAUUUGAAAAGUGUAAGAUGUUCAACAGACAUAAAAGAACUUUGCAUGUGUUACAGGAUCAAGGAAUAAUUUAGUUUUAUAAUCCAGAAUUGGUACAUGUCCACAUGGAAUGUUUUUUCUUUUUUAAGACAUUGAUUAAAAUUCUAGAAAAAACACUUGCCUCAUUUCUUCUUAGAUUAUAUUUUGAACAAAAUUGUUCAUUCAGUUUUUAGCUCCAGUACAAGUCUUCCACUAACAAAGGCUACCAAAA